UAUCACAGACAAUUUAUUGAGGCUGCUAACGACUACUUUCUUUCCGAUCUUGGCUUCAAGCGGAGCAUCCACAACAAUAUGGCCGACUUCUUCCUUGGUAAAUGGGCUGGCAGAAAGAAGCCCUUUCGGUUACCAGCCUAUCUUGUCGAGAAACUUGUAAGUAUGCAUGAAUUCUCGUUAACAUUCAACGAAGCGGAAUAA